GAUUGUCACGACGCAGCACAUGGCUAGUUCAACAUGGCCGAUGUGUUUGCCGUGUGGUGUUCCCUAGGCUGACCCUCCGUGUUCUCGUGCGUUGCUUUUUCAAUACUGCGUGGUUGGAAGUUUGCUCCACUACUGCGUGAUGCAUGGACUUGCAAAAGUGCCCACUGAGCUGCACGUUUUUCGCGUCGGGUUGCGUUCUGCUAGACUCUAGUUAUACGUAGUUUGCGGUUGCUCCAACCGCACAAGAAGCAAGCUCCAUGACCAGAAGUUUCAGCGGGUCGUCUUUUAUUCCGUGCCGAAAGUGGAACUAGGACAAUGUGCGAAGACGACGGAGCCGUCGUCAAGGCGUAGAAUGCAUUACGAAGGCCUGGACGAAUCGGCGUGGAAUCGGCCGAGUUUGCGGGAUGCACUGCUCCAACGUGUGAACUGCAUGCCUCGCCGAGGUCUACUGUGCCCGUGCAGAGUGCGUACACACUCCUCCGUCAGCCUUCAUCCUGCAGUAGCCGCGCAGCAGCGACUUUUCUUUGAGUGCUUGUGAGUGGCGAACCUCCACCGCAACGGCAGUUUGCCUCACUAUUCAUCAAAAUUAUCGAACCUGGUGAGGAGCCCUUUAAAGUGUGGUGCGCGGGAUGGCCAGCUUGGAGUCUCCCAACACGUAGUGACAUCCGACGCAAGGUGUGGAAGUAUGUCCUACUGCUGCGUACCCUUGUGCACGUCAGAUAGGAAAAAGAAGCUUGGGAUCAGUUUCCAUGAAUUUCCUGCAAAUGAGACGUACCGGCAGGCAUGGUUGAAGGCCAUACCGAGGAAGGAUUUCGUUCCGAAUGAAAAUUCGAACAGCAGUGUAGUCUGCGCUCUGCACUUUCUUGAUUCUGAUUUCUCGUCUUCCACACCUAAGCGGCGACGACUCAAACCAGAUGCUGUACCCAGUGUUUUUAGCAUAUGCCCGCAGCCUAAGAAAAGGCGUAAAUCAGAGCGACACUGUUCAAUCUCUGUUCAUCAAAUUUUGACACCAACAAUGACACCAAAAGAAGGACAUGAGGUAGAAGCCAGUCAAGAUUUCUGCCGCGAAGACAUUUGCACAUCAGUUGUUCCUACAGACAAUUUGGCAAGUCGUCUAACAACCCCGACACAGCCAAGUCCUGGUGAUUCAGAUGCCACGCAUCAAGCUGCAGUUUCAGUAGAAUCUGCCGCACAAACUCAUUCUCUUACACCACUUAAGCAUUGUGUCGUGGUUCUACAUCGGCUGGAAUCGCAAGGAUUCAGGAUUAACAACAACAUUCGAAAACCACGAAAAAACUAUACAGCCCGCAAACUUCGAAAUAUGAAGUCUCUCUACAGUUUGCUGAUCGAAAUCACAAAAGAGCUAUCCUUUGAUGGAUUGUGGACCGACCAAAUUGUGUCGGCUGUUGGAUGCAAGGCCACCGGCACCACAGUCAGCAGUAAGGUAUACAGCCUGUCAGGGGCUGACACGGCAAGGCUCUCACAGCAUCUGGAGGGUACUACGCCACUUCAGACACUGAUCCUAAACACGGACAAGACCCAGGCAGAUGCCGCGACCAUGACCCUGCAAUACUUUCAAGACGAGCGAACCAAAAGGCAUUUCGUGGACCUCCUGGUCGUCGACUCCAUGCUGGCCAUUGGACAGAAAAUCCUUGCACGACUGAAGCCUGUUCUGGAUGGGUCUCCCGCCACCGGUAUUCAGGCCCCCCAUCUUCAGAGAACACCUCAGGGGCAACUUCGCCAGCCAAUGGGGCAUCCCAGUCUGGAGCAGCCUGUUCCCAGUUGGGUGUGACUUCUUCCCAGGCCUCCUAGAUGUGCGAUCCUCCAGGACCCUAAGUGUGGUCCCUGGAAGCUUUGGUGUAGUUCUUUGACCUGUGUCAAAUAAACCAUUGAAAAAAAAAAGUAGCUGCUCCGCGUA